ACUGACAGAGAGAGUGCUAGCAGCAGCAGCAGCAGCAGCAGCAGCAGCAGAAGAAGAAGCAAGAACAACAAGGGAGCAGCUCGCAGAGACUAGACUACCGGUCUGAUAAAGAUACAUGUUAGUGUGAAUACCAUUAUCACAACAUUUCAGGCUUGAGAUAAACAGUGACCCUUACCUAAAUCUGAGCAGGUGUCACAUGUGAGCCUAUGGAGGGCUUAAAGGGAUUCAAACUUCAUAAUGGUGAUACUGAUGAAAAUGGAAAUUCUACAGAAGACAAACGCAAAAGAAGCAGACAUCGAGGUGCAAAGAGCAAAAAUAGGGAGGUGACAGAUGGAGGAGCAGAGGGAGGAGGUGGGGGUGAAGGCAUUUGCUGGAGAGGCAUGAUAAGAGGGGGGCAAAUAGGUGCAGGAAGAGAAGGCAGGGUGGAGGCAAGUGCGAUGCGAGGGAGGGGAAGGGGAGGAGGCAGAGGGGCAUGUAGGCAGGUGGGAGGGGCCAGACAAGAAGGAGGAGGGGCAGCAGGAAGUCAGUGGGGAGGAGCCAAACAGAAAAAAAGAGGAGGAGGAGGAGGAGGAGGAGGAGUCGGUAGACAGGGUGGGGGAGCCAACAAGGAAGAAGGGGGAGGAGGGGUAAGACAAAGGGGAGAGCAAGGUCCAACUGGAAAAGAAGGAUGGAGAAGAGGUUCACUAGAAACUGCUGCAAAGAGAGGGGAAGGACAGAGCAUGGAUAGAAGGGGAGGAAAAGACGGAGGGAGGAGACAUGUUAGGGGAGACAGACAAGACAGAAAUGGAGCGAGAGCAAAAUCUGCAGGCGGAAUGGGGGCACCACGGGGCAAUGGUCUGGGCUUUAGAACACUGGAGGAACUCUCUUUAAAGGAGCCGUCUCUGCUGGCCAUCACCCUGUCGACCAAACCGGGCCUACCUGAGGUCCUCAGCGACACGACGAUGAGGCAGGACCUGGUCGAACUCCUCUGCCUGGUUAUGAGUAAAGCCUUCAAAGCCCGGACCAACAGAGGAACCCUGCAGUAUCUGGCCCUCAUCAUAAAAGAUUCCGGGUUUUUCCGCACCGUCCUGCCCCAUUAUCUGGUGGGCAUGGUUUCAGAGUCCAACCCUCACCGCAGGGAACGAUAUCCACUGCAACUGGAAAACAUCCUAGCCAUUCUGUCUGAGGUCCUCAACACGUACCCUGCCAGCUCGUUGGCAACAGUGAGUCUGUUGGUGACACAAAUCAAACCAAUCAUUGACAGGCUCAGGGCAUCAGGAGUCCACAUCCAGCCUCAAGUGGAGGAGAGGGUGGAGGGGGUUCAAGGCCUGAUCGAACACCUUGAGGAGAAAUCCCGGGAGGGAACCCUGCGUUCAGAUAAGGAAACUUACUCCCUAUUAACCAAUGAAGGUGAGGAGGACUUGGAAGAUUUCAGGACCAUUCCCAUUUACCCCACACUUGAGGAGCUCCAUAAGGAAGAAAGGCCUUUCCUCAGACCCAACCUCACCUCGCAGCGCUACACAAACACCCAUGUAUACCUGGACACACACUUCCGAUUACUGAGGGAGGACUUUGUGCGGCCGCUUCGCGAGGGGAUCCAGCAGCUGCUCUGGAACAAAAAGAACAUGGAAAGGAGUGAUAAUACACUGAAGAAGAAGCAGUUUGAUGACAUCAGGGUGUAUUUUGACACAAAGCUGGUGGUGCCAAAGUGCACGCACACUGGGAUUGCUUAUGUAGUCGAGUUUGAUGUGCAGCCACUUAAGUUUGUGCGCUGGGAGAACACCAAGAGGCUAAUCUUUGGAUCCCUGGUCUGUCUGUCUUGUGAUUAUUUUGACACACUCUUGUUUGCAACAGUAUCAGAUCGGGAUCCUAAGGCUCUGUGUAAAGGACAGGUCCAGAUUUCCUUUACUGAAGAAAGCAAAAUCCAGCUGGACACAAUUCAGAAAGGUCAGUCCUUCCUCAUGGUCGAGACUACUGCGUUCUUCGAGGCCUAUCGGUACGUUCUCGAGGGGCUGCAGGAGCAGGAGGAGGACAAGCUGCCCUUUCAGAGAUAUAUCGUGGAGUGCAGCUCAGAUGUGGACCCCCCAGCUUAUCUGCGGCGACAGGACACUUAUAACCUCGCAGCCAUCGCUCUCCCAAAGCACAAGAUUCAACCUUUUCACAGCCUGAACCCAAAGGCAUGGCCCAAGAUGGAGGCGCUGGGGCUGGACGAGUCUCAGAUGAAAGCCGUUCACCUUGCCCUGACCAAGGAGCUGGCGAUCAUACAGGGUCCUCCUGGCACUGGGAAAACCUACGUUGGCCUUAAAAUUGCUCAGGCUCUGUUGACCAAUGAGGUUCUCUGGAGAGAUGACCAGGUCCCGAUGUUGGUGGUGUGUUACACUAACCAUGCCCUGGAUCAGUUCCUGGAGGGUAUCCACAGGUUUCUGAAUGGUGACAUCGUGAGAGUAGGAGGUCGCAGCAGCAGUGAGAUCCUGAAGCCUUUCAUUCUGAGAGAGCUGAUCCACUCAAAGAGUUUGAAAAGAGCGAUGCCCUCACACCUGGGUUUUGCAAAACAUGAGAUUUAUGAGCAGCUGGAAAUGGAGGAGGAGAAGAUCCAGGCUCAGACCCUGAAGAUGGAGUGUUGUUUGAAAGGCGUCCUGCAUGAAAACUUCUUAAUGGGAUGCAUUUCAUCGACACACUGGACCAGUCUGCACCAGCAACCUAUUUAUGAUGGUUUUGACAUGUGGAGUCAGAAGAAGUCCAGUCCCAUGAUGGAGUGGUUGGGUUUGGGUUCCAUCACCAUCCUGCAGGGGGAGACAGAGAACGCAACUGGAUAUGAAGAUCCAGAUCCAGAUCCAGAUCCAGAGGAAGCGAUGUUCUUUCAUGAAGACGACUUCAUUGAAAUCACAGAAGAAGCAGACAUGAUCCUGGCAGACCGGCUUAUUGACGACAGCAUCGGCCCCAAAGAACUCAGGAAGGGACAAAAGGAAAGGGACAUGCAGCAGGCUGCCAGAGAGAUGGAAGCAAUGAUGCUUAAUAUGAACCUCGGUCAAGCUGAAAUCCAGCCUCAACAGGGCGAGGGAGAAUGGGAGGUACAACGUGAAGAGAGAAAAAGGAUAAUGAAAUACAUCAAGAAAGAGCUGCGGGGUACCUCCUCCAUGAGUGAAACAGAAGAGAAGGCUGUCGUGGGCAUUUGGGCUCUGAGCAUAAAGGACAGAUGGAGACUCUAUCGGCUGUGGUUGGCACGCUACAGGGAAGAACUUUACAAGGGCGUCCAAGAGUGUGAACACGCUUAUCAGAACGCCGUGGACAGACUGACUGAAGUUAAAGACCACGAGAGGCUCUGUGUGCUCCGUACAGCGAAGGUAAUCGGCAUGACAACAACAGGCGCAGCCAAGUACCGUAAACUUCUGCAGGAAGUGCGUCCACGUCUGAUCAUUGUAGAAGAGGCUGCAGAGGUUCUCGAGGCCCACACAAUCACCACACUGAGCGAGUCCUGCCAACACCUCAUCCUCAUCGGAGACCACCAGCAGCUGCGCCCCAGUGCCACAGUCUACGAUCUUGCCAGGAACUUCAGCCUGGAGAUGUCCAUGUUUGAGAGGCUGGUGAAGAUGAAAGUCCCUUAUGUCAGACUCAACUACCAGCAUCGCAUGAGGCCAGAUAUUGCCCGUCUGCUGACUCCACAUAUCUACUCAGAGCUGGAAAACCAUUCCUCUGUUUUUGAAUAUGAAAACAUCAAGGGACUCAACACCAAUUUAUUCUUUGUGGAGCACAACCAACUGGAAGAACACAUCAAAGAUGGAAAAAGCCAUAAGAACAAGCACGAGGCAGAGUUUGUAGUCGCUCUUUGCCGCUAUUUUCUCCUUCAGGACUACAAACCAGAGCAAAUUACCAUCCUCACUACCUACACCGGCCAGCUCCAGUGUCUGCGUAGUAUGAUGCCUGCAAAGCAGUUCCAGGGAGUUAAAGUUCAUGUAGUUGACAAGUACCAGGGCGAAGAGAAUGACAUUGUCAUCCUGUCUCUGGUCCGCAGCAACCUGCAGGGCAAAGUUGGCUUUUUGAACAUUCCCAAUCGUGUCUGUGUGGCCUUGUCUCGUGCCAAGAAAGGUCUCUUCUGUAUUUGCAACAGGGAAAUGUUGGGACAAGUCAAACUGUGGAGCAACAUCUUCAGCACCUUGGAGGAGAAUGGCCAAGUUGGAAAAGCUCUGACCCUGUGCUGUGAAAAUCAUCCGGAUCGAAGGGUAAAAGCUUCUUGUGCAGAAGAUUUCGCCCAAGCCCCUGAAGGCGGCUGCACCCAGCCCUGCGAGUUCCGUUUGCAAUGUGGCCAUGUUUGCACAAGAGUCUGCCAUCCCUACGACCCCAAGCACAAGAAGUACAUGUGUGUCAAGAAGUGCCCGAAGACUUUGUGUGAGCUGGAACACAAGUGCCCACUUAUGUGCUACCAAGACUGCCCAAAGAAAUGUCCAGUGAAGGUCGAGAAGAUCCUACCCCAGUGUGAACACAAACAGAUGGUUCCCUGCCAUCAGGACCCCGCGACGUUUACAUGCAAGAAGCCUUGCGAGAGGCUGCUUCGCUGUGGGCAUCUGUGUGACUCGUGGUGUGGGUUAGAAUGCACCAGUAGGUGUAAGGUGGUGGUCACCUUAGAUCUAAGUUGUGGCCACAUCACACAGGAUUGUUGCUUUUACAAAAUGCAGGAUGAGAAACCUGAAUGCAAGUCUCCUUGUGAGCAUCAGCUGAAAUGUGGCCAUGCCUGUCGUGGCACAUGUGGCAGGUGUUUUCAGGGCAGGUUCCACCGCCCAUGUCUUCACCCAUGUGAACGCGGCCUGAUCUGCUCUCACCAGUGCAGGGAGCCUUGCACUCGUGAUUGCCCCCCCUGUCGGAGACCGUGUGAGAAUUGCUGCGUCCACAGCAAGUGUAAGAAAAAAUGUGGAGAGUCCUGUGCACCAUGCAAUGAGCCCUGUUUUUGGCAGUGCGCUCACCAAAGCUGCACCAAGCUUUGCCACGAGCCGUGCGAUCGCCCUCCAUGCACAGAACCGUGCGGCGAGACCCUGGGCUGCGGCCAUCCUUGCAUAGGUCUGUGUGGAGACAAAUGUCCCAGCAAAUGUCGCAUCUGUAAUCACGAAGAGGUCACAGAGAUUUUUUUCGGGACUGAGGAUGACCCCGAGGCAAGCUUCAUUCAGCUGGAAGACUGCGGACACAUCAUUGAAUACUCAGCCAUGGACACGUACAUGGCGAUGGAUGACAACCAGCAGUCAGGGGAGGGAAAGGAGGUGGCGAUAAAACUGAAGGAAUGUCCAAAGUGUCGAACUCCAAUCCGAAAAAAUCUACGCUAUGGUACUCACAUCAACAGCAGUCUGGCUCAGAUAGAGAUGGUGAAAGCGAAAAUCAAUGGGGAUCAGGCAGAUUUAGAAGUGCAGAGGAUGGCUCUUCGAAAGCAGUGGAAGGAAAACCUUCCCAUCUAUGAUGUGCUGAAGCAAAAUGCAUAUAUGCAUAUUCGGGGUCACCUUGAAAAAAGGGAUUUCACAGCUAAUGAUGUGUGGGUCCUUGAGAACAAGAUGGACUUCCUUCUAAGAAUCUCAAAGCUCAGGAAGAUCCAAAUGGAAAAAAUGCAAAGUUUCACGUUUGAAAAUAACGUCGAGGAGUUUACAUGCUGGCUCAAUGACAGAAACCAAAAAUUUACGGAUCAGCAAGUCUUCGAUUUGCAGAGAGAGCUACAGAAACUCACCCUCCUGACUGAACUCCUCAUUCGUUUCAAUAUGGCACAAGAAAGAAGACAAAGUGACAAUAUCAAAACGGAGUUUGAAGCAACAAGACAACUUCUGGAAAAGUCAGGCCAAUUCAGAGAGCAAGAUGAAGACCGAGUCAAAGAAGCGAUGAAGGAACUGGACAAAAAAGUUCCACCCACAGGCUUGAUGAUCAGCGAUGAGGAGAGGAAGAUGAUCGUCUCGGCUAUGCAGAUGCGCCAAGGACACUGGUACAAAUGUCCAAACGGCCAUGUCUACCUCAUAACCGAGUGUGGGGGGGCUAUGGAGAGUCGCAAAUGCCCCGAUUGUGAUGCGGUCAUCGGUGGAGCCAGUCACAGACUUGAGAGUGGCAACCAAGUCGCUUCUGAGAUGGAUGGGGCACAGCACGCUGCCUGGUCUGAAACCAACAACCUUCUCAACUUUGGUGAAUUUAACAUCUAAAAAGGCAACUGUGAGAAAUAUGUCAUAUCUUCAGACAUAAAUGCAGUUGAUGUCAAAGCCUGUGAGGGGCUUAAAGGUGAUGAUUUAGCAACCGCUUCCUUGUUCCUUCCUUUUCUUGUUUGAUCAGUAGGGAUUUCUGCUUAAGUCACUGAACACUGAAAUAACAGAGAAAAUGCAGCUGUUCAUGUCAGUAUGUGUCAAUUACUGUAACUCAUUUGAUAGAUGUAUGAGACGGGGCUUUAUGUUUUUGACCUUCUUAAAUCCUUAAUUGAAAAUGCAGAUGGACAGAAUGAUAGUAAUAAUCUGUGGCACUUUGUGGGGUAGCAGUUUUGAUAAAAUAAAUAUAUUGUUGCAGAGUUCAUGUUCUAAAUCACAGAGUAAGUGGUGUUUCUAAUUUCUGAUGUGUAAAUAAUUUGUCCAACCAUUUCGCAUUCAAGACUUCUUGUGUAACAGUUGUCCCUCGCCUCAACAGCAGGUGGCAGUAAAGCUCUGUAAAAGAUAAUACAGAGAAAGGACUUGAUGGUUCUCAUGUUUGUAACUUGUUUGAAUAGAAUAAAAUGUCUGUGGCUGUUAUUGA